CCUGUGCAAAUGAGCUGGAGUCUCAAAGGGCUUAACUUUUCUGGCAAUUGGAUUUGCAAAGACUGAAAGCCCAGGUGCUUUCGGGGGAGUGGAGAACAGUGAAUGAAUGGGGCUGUGACUACAUGGAGAAUGUGCUCUGGGGCUAUGGCUCACCCACGCUCUGCUCUACUCACCCUUUCACAGGGGACCAUGGAGAACAUGUGCUGAGACCGAGUGCUGGGCAGAAGCAGCAGCGGACUGGUGAAGAUGGAGAAUGGCACAGGAGAUGAGCAGAACCAAACUGGGCUGCCAUCAAGCCAGGAGAUCGUUACAGCUGAAUACCAAGUGGUUACCAUCCUCUUGGUCCUCCUUAUCUGCGGACUGGGCAUCGUGGGCAACAUCAUGGUGGUUCUGGUGGUCCUCAGAACCAAACACAUGAGAACUCCCACUAACUGCUACCUGGUGAGUCUGGCUGUGGCAGAUCUCAUGGUGCUUGUGGCUGCAGGACUGCCCAAUAUCACAGAAAGCCUGUAUAAAUCUUGGGUGUAUGGAUAUGUGGGGUGUCUCUGCAUCACUUACCUCCAGUACCUAGGGAUCAAUGCUUCUUCUUUUUCCAUCACUGCCUUCACCAUUGAGAGAUACAUAGCCAUCUGCCACCCAAUCAAAGCUCAGUUCCUAUGUACUUUUUCAAGAGCCAAAAAGAUCAUUAUUUUUGUCUGGGCUUUCACCUCUGUAUAUUGUAUGCUCUGGUUUUUCUUGCUAGACCUUAAUACAGUAGUCUACAAAGACAUUACUGUUGUGUCCUGUGGCUAUAAAGUGUCUAGGAGCUAUUACUCUCCUAUCUACAUGAUGGACUUCGGCAUAUUUUAUGUUUUGCCAAUGGUAUUGGCUGCUGUCCUCUAUGGCCUGAUUGCUAGAAUACUGUUCCUGAACCCCAUCCCUUCGGACCCAAAAGAGAACUCUAAGACAUGGAAGAAUGAUGUUGCUCAUGAAAGCAAGACUGUGAAUUCCAGGAUGACUAACAGGAAUUUCAAUAGCACUGUUGCUUCUCGAAGGCAGGUUACCAAGAUGUUGGCUGUGGUUGUGAUCCUAUUUGCAUUUCUAUGGAUGCCCUACCGCACACUGGUUGUGGUCAAUUCUUUUCUCUCCAGCCCCUUCCAAGAAAACUGGUUCCUGCUAUUUUGCAGAAUCUGUAUCUAUUUAAAUAGUGCCAUCAAUCCCGUAAUUUACAACCUCAUGUCCCAGAAAUUCAGAGCAGCCUUCAGGAAACUCUGCAACUACCAGCAGAAACGGGAAAAGAAACUGGACAAUUACAAUGUGGCCCUAAAUUAUAAUGUCGUCAAAGAGUCUGAUCACUUCAGCACUGAACUAGAAGAUAUUACUGUCACCAAUACCUAUCUGUCCUCUGCAAAACUGUCCCUUGGCAACACGUGUUUAUCAUCUGAGGUAACAGCUCAUGUAUUUUAA